AUGCCAAAUCCACGGGAAAGCAUAUCAACCAGUGCUCUUUUAUUCCCCNUUCGUUCUUGUCUUCCGCCCAACAAUCAAUCGAAGCAGUUAAGUGUUUCGGCAACAGUUUCGCAGGCAUUGAAGUACAUACCAGAGCUGCAAGAGCAAGUUAAAAAGCUCAUGAAGAAGAAAGAAGAGCUGUCGUUUCAAAUCUCGGGUCCAAGAGAUCUCGUUUACACCGAGCAAAACGGUAAGCCAGAGAAAGGGGUCACAAGUUAUGCAUCAACAGUUUCUGCGACUAGGCUCGGUGAGACCGAAGUGAUGGUCCAAAUUUCAUCGUUACAUACUUGCAAUUGUUCGUUUGGAAAUGUGCUGAAUGGUGUCGAAGAAGAUGGGUUGGUUCUUGUGGAUGCUUCUUCUUCAAGGUCUCAAGGAGAACGACUCUUUUAUACUUUGCAUCUUUGGAUGGAUAAUUGCAAACUGAAUUCCGAAGAGCUAAGUGAUAGGCUGUUGUACUUGUACGAGAAAUGUGGAAAUUCAUGUAAAUGAU